GAUUCGAUUCCUGAAACAUGAAUUGAGACUUUUUGUGGGUAUCGGUGUACAUGCAACUUUUGUUCUCUGGCCUGUUAAAGCACAUUCCGCAAUUAACCUCUAGAGGCAAGGCAAGGCAAGGCGGGGCGGGGUUCAACAUUUAAAUUUCCAACUUUUGUAAUAAAGAAUAAUAUAUAAACUCCUUAUAUUCCAAUAACCUAUUUGCUAGACUUGACACUCGCCCAACCAGUUCAUAACAGCAUAUUUUUUCUCCCCCGUAACUCGAUUUUUACCUAAAAAAACAUAUAUUCCCCGAUUCCAACACCACAUUAUUCGUCCAGAAAAACUAUGCCACUUUCGUAGUAUUUCCCAUUUUAUUCUAUAUAUUUGAAAUUAUAUUCACGAACAAAAAAAGAAAAGGAAAAAAUGAAUCCUUUACAAUCCAUCGAGGAAGAAUUUCAUGGAUCGAGCUCACUGCAUUCUGGUGAACCAUUAAUGGGUUUUCCUCAGCCAUUGGAGGGGCUCCAUGAAACAGGCCCUCCGCCUUUCCUCAAAAAGACUUAUGAACUUGUCGAUGAUCCGAACACGGACGAUGUCGUUUCUUGGAGUAGAGGUAACAACAGUUUCAUUGUUUUGGAUCCACAGGCCUUUGCCAUGAAUCUUCUUCCUAGGUACUUCAAACAUAAUAAUUUCUCAAGCUUCGUCCGACAGCUUAAUACUUAUGGAUUUAGGAAGGUUGAUCCAGACAAAUGGGAGUUUGCUAAUGAAGGGUUUUUGAGGGGGCAAAGACAUCUUUUGAAAAACAUAAGGAGGAGAAAAACAUCGUCGAAUCCUCAAGCUUCGCAUCAAGGUCUCGACUCAUAUGUUGAAGUGGGAAAGUUUGGAUUGGAUGCAGAAAUCGAUCAGUUAAGACGCGAUAAACAGGUUUUAACUGUGGAAUUGGUGAAACUCAGACAACAGCAGCAGAAUAAUAAUGCAUACCUUAAAACAAUGGAACAAAAGCUUAAAGGGACAGAAAUGAAACAACAACAGAUGGUGAGUUUCUUGGCAAAGGCAAUUCAAAAUCCUAAUUUUUUACAACAGAUAGUCCAACAGAAGAAUAGAAGGAAAGAACUAGAGGAAGCGAUUAGUAAGAAGAGGAGGAAGAGAAUUGAUCAUGGUCGAGCCGAGGUUGGUGAAGAAACGAAUACUUAUGUUGACAAUGUUGAAUUCGAAGAAAUAGUCAAGAUAGGGGAAGGAAACAUUUAUGUUAAAUCUCAAGAAUAUGGUGAUAUUAUUGGAGAACCAAGUGGAAUCUCAAUGCAUAUGGAGGAAGAACGUUUACAGAAAAAUGAUGACACAGAAAAUCAAGAAAAUGCAGAUAAGUCAUUUGAUGUAGGAUUUUUGGAAGACUUUAUAAAUGAGAGUAUUGAUGAUGAGAUUGGGACAUUUGUUGAUGAGGGAGAAGUUGAAGAAGAAGUAAAUGUUUUAGCUCGGCAGCUUGGUUUCUUGGUAUCUAGCCCUAGAUAGAAAUUCGACUGGGUUUAUUGCAUGAUAGUUGGGCGCAUUGGAUAACAUUAGACGCAAUCAAGGAAGAAGAAGUUAUACCGUCUAUUUAGAUACAUCGAUACGGUACUUAUGUUUCUAAACAUUUGUAAACUACAAUGACUUGGUCGAAAACCGCAUAAACUUUGGUGAUUUUCUAUUUCCCAUUUCCUUCUGAUGUAGUUAUCUGAAUUUCUCAAGAAUUUAAUCUGUAAUCAGGGAUCUUUAUGUUCUCUGAGACAUUAAAUUCUAUCUUUUCAUGUCAUUUAUUCAAACUCAAGAGUUAAUCUUU